UUUUCAUUCAUAACUGUAUUAAUCUCGAGUUUCUCGUCGAUAUUGAGAGCCGUGCUCUCGCGGGCACUUCAGCGACCGCAACCAUGCCUUCUUCAUCCGGCAAUGAUUCAUAUGCGCAGCUCAUCUCGGCGCCGAUGACUGCACCGCAGAGGAAAGCCCUCCUCAAAGAACUCCAGAAGCCAGAAACCAUCUCGAGUCUCCGCAGGCCGGAGAUCCUAAUGGACUUUUUCACCGACAGCCUUGACAUGGGCGACCUGGGACUUGCGGUCCCUGCUCUUCAAGGACUAUUCUACCUGAUCACCACCAAGAACCUCGACUAUCCCUCCUUCUUCGUACGUCUCUAUGCGUUGCUCGAUAAAGAUCUCUUGCACAGCAAGUACCGGUCGCGGGUCCUCCGGCAUCUGGACGUUUUCCUCUCGCCCACCAACCACCUUCCAGCCGCCACUAUUGCCAGCUUCAUCAAGCGCCUGUCGAGGCUCUGUCUGUUCGCACCACCAUCUGCCAUCGUCGCGAUUGUGCCCUUUAUUUACAACCUGUUGAAAUCCCACCCCACCACCACUUUCAUGAUUCAUCGCCAACCCCACCCACCUUACACAAAAUUCAAACACAACUUGGGCAAUGAUCCCUACGACCCUACCGAGCCGAAUCCCCAGCUCACAAAUGCUAUCGAGAGCUCACUUUGGGAGCUUGAAACAAUACAAUCCCAUUACCAUCCGACAGUCGCCAGCAUUGCACGCAUCAUCUCCGAGCAGUUCACCAAACAACAAUAUAAUCUCGAGGAUUUCUUGGAUCAUGGCUAUGCAACACUCCUGGAAAGUGAGCUGAAGAAGAAGGAAAAGAAACCACCAGUAGUCGAAUACAAGAUACCCAAGAAGAUCUUUUCCGGCGACGAUAGCGAUGCUGAGGGUGAAGAGUUCAGAGCUAAUCAGUUGGUGGAUCUUUGGGACUUUACUUGAUGUUGGAAUGAGCGAUCGAUCCUACGGGUACUUUCGCAUGUUGUGCCAGGAUGAUCUUUUCCCCCAGCACUCCUUGAGUAAUACUUUGGCCCCACAUCGGCACUCCCUCAGCAUUCCUUCAGUACUCCUUCGGCAUUCCCUUAGCACUCCUUGAGGAUUUCAAGAUGAGGACAAGAUUUGCGAUAUUUUUCUAGCGCUGGCGUUCAGGGUCUUUCUACCUUUGGGAUACAAGAGUUUGCUAUCUCGAUGAGGACAACAUACGAGCUGGCCAAAGAAGCCAGUAAUUGAUGGGCAUGAUUCUGUGGAUAGACACGAAUAGAUUACAUAGACAUUGAGCAUGAUUAUUCAAACC